AUGCGUCCGUGGCAGAAGACGACAACAUUGGCGAUGUUGUGGAUCGCGUUGAUUCUCGUGUAUCCAGCAUCCACGGCGUCUAUUCAUAAACGACUCGUGUGCAAGUUCAGUAGCUGGUCAACGGAUCGAGACUUUCGCGGUAAUUUCACGUAUGAGACGAAGCAAAUCCCCGUGAAACUUUGUACGCACUUGGUGUACAGUUUCGCCCAGGUUGAUCAAAAGUUUUUCGACAUUCAACCGGAAAACCCCACACGCGAUAUACUACGGUCCGGCUAUAAGCACUUUACGGCGCUCAAGGAGCGGCAACCGACGCUACGGCUCCUGAUCGAUGUCCACUGUCUGCUGGCGGGUUGUGUGACGUCGGUGUGGAAACCGAAUGCCACCGCGGUCCGAGACAAUCGUCAAAAAUUUAUCGCGAGUGUGAUCGAGUUUUUGGAAACGUAUCGCUUCGAUGGCAUUGUGAUUAGCUCGUACGAUCGCGAGGAUGUGGAUGAGCUGUACCGGCUGGUGGAUGGGUUGAAGCAGAGCUUUCGGAAUGCUGGGUACGCUAGUUGGGAGGUGAUUACCUAUCUCCCGAGUUUCAGCAAAAAGUACGAGACAGAAGUUUACCAAAAACGUCGUAUAUGCGAAGUUGCUGAUUACGUUAUUGAAGGCGUCUCGUAUGCCCGAUCGGUCGACUCGGCAAAGGUUGAUGUACCUAGCCCGAUGGGCAGUCGACCGUUCGAUGCCGGGGAGUUCAUGAAUCUCACUGUGAAGCGUGCAAUCGAUACGUGGAUCAGCAGCGGAUGUCGCUCGGAAAAGAUCCUCCUCGAAGUGCCCUUCCAUGGACGUCCUUUCAUUCUGGCAAACGGACGGAACCGCGUGCCAGGCUCUGCUGCUCUUCCCUUUGGUCAACCCGCUGGAUACACAGGGCCGGAACGGAAGGCAUACUACGAGAUCUGUCAAGAGCUGCUCGAUCGAAGCUGGACGAUCGAAUGGGAUCCCCGGAGUAUGGCACCGUACGCGUACCGAAACACACAGUGGGUUGGAUAUGAGAACGAGAUCUCCGUCGUCGAGAAGGCCAACUAUGCGAUCAGACUGGGGCUCGGUGGUCUCUACGCUUCGCCGAUCGAUUUCGACGACUUCCGAGGAGUUUGCGGUAAGAAGCACAUCCUGCUCAAUGCUUUGGCGGGCACUUUCAAACCCAACCAACUGACACCGGAUGAAUCGCUCGAUUUUGCCAUCUUUCGCGGGUAAACAUACAACCGAAGGCAUCGCUGUAUCGGGACAUCCCCUUGUUUCGUGAAGCUCGAAGCGAAGUAGUUCAUAGUAGCCAAGGGAAACUUGGCAACCACAUCCAGUGCAAGAAGAGCAGGCUGAGCGAGCAGCUACCCGUUUUCCUUUCUUCUG